AUGAGCCUCAUCAAUGAUGUAAUGAAAGCAAACAGUGUGAAAAUUGCCUGUAAACAGUUGGAUCUGAGUCUCCUGAUGAAUCCACUGUCUCCUAUCAAAGCGAGGAUGAGGCAGAGAGGAAGCGCAGCGGAAGGAGGGAGGAAGGAGGGAGGUCCACUCCGGCUCCCCUCAGCCAAUCAAGGCUUGUCACAGGGGACUCACGUGGACGAGGCGCUUUUAAAACCUCGCUCCUGACUUUUCCUCAAGUUCAAUUUUUUGGGAUUCCCUCCCACCGCAGCCGCAUCAAGUCGCGUUUACUUCCCCAGUUGUCACUAUUUAACCUGCUUUAUCUCUCCUUUUUCCCCUCCUCUUCCUCCUUCCUUCCUUCCUUACUUCCUUCCUUUCUUCCUUCCUUCCCACAGCGGCUCCGGACUCUCCUGUCGCUCCGCUUCCAGCUCUUUAAAGCCCGGUUUUGAAACCCGCUCUAGCCGCACAGGAAUGCGGCCGAACCGAGCCCGGCGGGAGGACGGUUCCUGUCCAUGGUGCUGAACACUGGGGAACGUUUCCUCUCCCUCAAGCCCCAUCGAUUCCUGCACCAGCUGCGUUAUUGAUCGCCGACCUCAAGAAAAUUGGAUAAGCGAAGUGUUUUCAUUUGAAUUUUUAUCUGGAACUAUUUCCGUCGCCCGAACCGGCAGGAGGACCGGAGGCAAAGCGGAUGAAAAUAAGCGGCAGCGGCGCGUUUUCCGGAGAAGUCCGAACAUAAUCCAGCUUUCUCAGAGUAAAACUUGCACCUGAAACCAAAUGGUCAUUUAAAAGAGAGAUUAAGAAAAAAAAAAAGGCCUCAUCGGAACAAUGGAGGCGUCCACCAACGGGUCCAGUUUCGGCAUCGACUCGCUGCUGUCCCACCGGCCGGGGAGCCCGCUGUCCAAGGCGGACGGCCUGCUGCCGGGGGAGUGCCGCUCGCCGCUGGAGUUCAGCCCCAGAUCGGACGUGGAGAGCGGCUGCUCGUCGCCUCCGUCGCCCCGCCGGGAGUGCGUGGAGGAGGCAGCCCAGAGGCAGGUGCACAGCGCGGGGCUGCCGCCGCACCUGCAGCACGCACAGAUCUCCGCGGGCGCGCAGCAGCGGACCGUCACCUCCUCCUUCCUCAUCAGGGACAUCCUGGCGGACUGCAAGCCGCUGGCCGCCUGCGCGCCCUACUCCAGCAACGGCCAGCCGACGCAGGAGGCCGGGCGGCUGGCCGCCAAGAUAGCCGACGAUUUCAUCGAAAAGAUCCACAGCAACUCCUCAUCGGACAGCGAGUAUAAAGUGAAAGAGGAGGGGGACCGGGAGAUCUCCAGCAGCAGGGACAGCCCCCAGGUCCGGCUGAAGAAGCCCCGCAAGGCCCGGACGGCCUUCACGGACCACCAGCUGGCGCAGCUGGAGCGCAGCUUCGAGCGCCAAAAGUACCUGAGCGUCCAGGACCGGAUGGAGCUGGCGGCCUCCCUCAACCUCACCGACACGCAGGUCAAGACCUGGUACCAGAACCGGAGGACAAAGUGGAAGCGGCAGACUGCGGUCGGGCUGGAGCUGCUGGCGGAAGCUGGGAACUACUCCGCCCUGCAGAGGAUGUUCCCGUCCCCGUAUUUCUACCCGCAGAGCCUGGUGUCCAACCUGGACCCCGGGGCGGCCUUGUACCUGUACAGGGGCCCCUCGGCGCCCCCGCCGGCCCUACAGAGACCGCUGGUCCCGCGGAUCCUCCUGCACGGGCUGCAGGGGGGCGGAGAGCCGCCGCCGCCCCCGCCGCCUCCACUCCCCCCCAUGUCCGGAGUGCUUCCCCGGCCUGCGCAGCAGCGGUGAGCCGGGCCCCCCCGCUGAGCUUUUACAGGCCAAACUGGACCCGCUUUGAACGAACAGGACAAAAUAAAGAGAAAACGACGAACAGUCUGUGGGACGAAACUGGACGGAACCGAGCCGAAAAGACUCUAAACGGACUUUUUGUUGUUGUUUUUGUUUGUCUUUGUGAGACAGAAGCUUUAUUUAUAAUGUAUUUAUUUUUCAGAAGGCAAUAAAGCCUUUAAGUUAAGUAUUUAUUUACACCCAGUUUCAGUAUUCGGGCUCCGGUAUUCAACCUCCAGCCAAUUAAUUAUUAUUAUUAUUAUUAUUUACAGGUAAAAUGAUCAAACUUUCAUGUCUGAAUAAAAAGUAGUUGUAUCAUCCAAAGGAAGAAUAUUUUUUUGUUUUUUCAUUCAUCCGAGUCGUUAACGUGUAAAUAAGAAAUAAGAGGACUUUUUCUGUUCGAUUGUUUGUUCGGUCCAGUUUAAACCGAACUGGUGCGACAAUAAAUAUACGGACGGACUGGAUGUUUGGAUCCACAAACUUUGGCUCUUGCUGACUUAAAUAUGUCAAAUUAUUUAUAUCUAAAACGCGGUUUUAGUCCCCCAACAGAUUUUAAUGCAUCACCUCGGUGAGGCCUCAUUUUGUAUUUUUAUCGAUAAUCGAUUAAUCAGGCUUGGGCCCUGAGCUCAGGUGGAUUUGUUGACGUUGUGCAUCAUUUCUGUUAUUUCAUAUGAAGCUGUGAGAAUAACUCCGUACUGUUCCGACUCUCCUUUAUAUUGGUGAACAUGUAUAUUGCAGAUAUCAACCUUGUGGAGUGAUUUUGGUAUAAUUACAUUUCCUGGAUUUUAUUCGAUUUCUUCCCUCUUCUUUUUUUUUUUUUUUUUACAUUUGAGUUUUUUGAAAGACGUUUCCUCCCAAAAAGUGGUGAAGUUUAUUUUUUAUUUUUUAGUGAAGUUCACAGCAAAGGUUGGACUGAUUCAAAACAACAAAAAAAGAAAAACAAAAG